AUGGCUGUGAGCGCCGCCUCCGCGCGCGUUCAGCGUUUCAAUAGCAACAACCUGACGGGGGUCAGUCAAUGUCUGAGACGCGCGUGCGCAUCGAACGUUCUCGGGACAGUGUUAGGUGCUGCCUUUCACACGCUUGGGUCAUUUCCGACUGACAAAAAUGUCCACGGUAGCGCCACCCGCAGCCAAAGCAAGGUUCGUACUCAGUGUGAGGCGUCUUCUGUGCAACGCGAACCUCCGUUGCUCGUGCCCGUCUCAGAGGAUCCUGCUUGCCGAAAAGUUUGCGACGGCGUUGUUGCGCCGUCGGACGAUCCCAUCAGCGACGGUCGGCGGUGCCCAGACGAGAACCCGGAUUCUAACGCUAGCAGCGCGGAGAAGCAACAGGCAUCCAGCGAGGACGUCGGGAUCAUUCGUUGGUCGCGCGGCACGCUGCAACGCCGCUCGAAGCUUAAGAACUUCAUUGUGCCUGUAAAGAUUGAGAAGCCGUGGGACAGCGGUUACCUCGCAAGCUACCACCGCGGCUCCUUGCAAGCUACCACCGGAACGACUUGCCAAGGAACGUCGAAAGGUGCGAAAACAACGAGCUCCAGCAACAAAAUAACUGUUAAAACGAAGCAAGAGGCAUGUUCAGCCGUGUUAACGUGUACUCGCAUACCAAAGGCUCCUGGAGAAAAGACUCCGAAGAAAGCCCGCGGGCAAGGGCGUCAGCGGGCGGCGAAGGACGGCGCUGCCGGUUGUGAGAAGAAGACCGCCGUAGAUUCCGCCGUCGAGCAGUUCGAACCCGCGGCAGUUAAAAAACUGAAGGCUAUAGAGAGCGCCUUAAAGGCGCCCAAUCCUCCUCGAAAGCCUCACGCAGCAGCUGCAACGAAGUCGAAGCCGCGGGGACGUAAGAAGAAACAAGAGAUGGUGCCUGCAGUUGGCACAGAGGUACGACGGAGAAGCGCUGGAGCUGAAGCUACACCGCGCUUCAAUAAGACGGCGGUACGGCAAGUCAAGAACGGUGAAACACCGGCCCCGUUCCGCAAGGUACCAACUCAAGUACAAUCGACAUACGAGCUUCACCGGCGCUCGUUAAAAAACGGGAGAAAUCUGGAAGUGGCAGUGACUGGCUCAGUUGCUGAAGCAGCCGCUGUGCAAGUAGCUGGGAAACGAAGUAAGUCUAACGAUGACCCCCCGGUAGACGGAGUAAAUGCAAGCCAAGUUAACACCGUGCCUGCAGCUGACAAGGCUCCAUGCACAGCGUCGACAAGCAAAAGUGACUUCGUGCCGCACGGACGAAAUUCGUCUUUGGAAGCUUCGGCUGACGUGAUGGAAAGACGCACAGACCAUGUGCCACAAGGGCGGUCCACUGCGGCUUCCACACGGCUCGAGCAUGGAUUUGAGGCCUGUUUCCAAGCAACGCUGCCCUCCACAGCGGUGCCCGAUCUGGAGGGGAGUGCCGAUGAAGGAGUCGUGAACACCGAGGCAAGCGCUUCCGCCACGCUUCAGUACGCGUCGCCGCAGAGUCCUGUUGAAAGCAGUUAUGCCCGCACUUGCAACGAGGCUACUUCGCCAACGCAAUCCCAACGCAGUGCCGCUACCAGCACGCAGUCUGAAUGCAUCGAAGAUUCUCACGGAACGCAACAUGAUUCUAUCGUGCCUGUGGAGGCAUCAAGCCCUGGCCCGGUUGCUGCAGGAGAAAUUAUCGCACGUGAGCCAUCAGACAAAGUCGCCACGAUCGAAGAAGCUACAUCUGCUGCGCUCGACGUGAUUAAAUCGACUAGUGAGACGCAUUCCCUUUCGUCACCGGGUGCUUCCGCCCCGCUUGAGUCCGCGUCUCCGGAGAGCAUUCCAGUUGAAAGCAGUGACACCCGCACCUCCAACGAGGCUGCUUUGCCUACGAAAUUCCAACGCAGCGCCACUGCCAGCACGAAGUCUGGAUGUAUCAAAGUUUCCCAAGGAACGCAAUGCAAUUAUUGUGUGGCUGUGGAGGGCAUCGAGCCUGGGCGAAGGCACUGUGGCAGAGUUCAUGGUGUGUGA